CUCCAAGUACUCUCUUUAUGAGUGCCAGCUUUGAGUGAGCCACCACUUCAAUCGCUUAAGGGGCGAGCGACUGAUGAGCGAGUAGCGGAGAGGAAUCGAACGGAGUCGAGAGAAAGAGGGAAUGGAGAAGGCACUAACUAAAGUCAGCAGCUUAAACCUUGGGAGCUCUUGGAUCUCAAAGAAAGCCAAGGAAGAGCUUUCUAACAUCUCUCAAGACAUCGCUACUUUCUCAAGUACUGUUGAAGAGAAAGCAAAAUGGAUUUUCAACAAGCUGAAAGGAAAGCCUCUCAAAAGCUUGCCAGAUCUGCUUCGAGAGUACAACUUACCACCUGGUCUCUUUCCCCAGAACAUAAUCUGUUAUGAAUUUGAUGAAUCAAAGGCAAAGCUGAUUGUGUAUUUGCCUUCUGUAUGUGAGGUCAGCUUCAAGGACUCUUCUGUAUUGAGAUAUGCAACUCGAGUAAAAGCGAUCCUCAUGAGAGGAAAGCUCACAGGAAUAGAAGGAAUUAAGACAAAGGUCCUCGUAUGGGUUAAGGUCACAAGUGUGGCAGUUGAGGGAUACAAGUCUGACAAGGUUUGGUUUAUAGCUGGUGUUAAGAAGUCUAGGCCUAGAAUUGCCUAUGAUGUCCCACAGGGUGCUGUAAGAGUAGAUGAAUUUUGACUUCAACAUACUUUCAUCCAUUGAUGAUGAAGAGUUCCUAGUAAUCUUUUUAGCAGAUUAAGCAUAAGGUCAUGGUUAUUUUUCUCCCAUUUCCAAAUGCUUAUAUAAAACUGCACUGGCUUUAAACUGUGGAACUUGAGCAUGCAAAUUCAUUAGCAAGUGAACGAUUCUAUUAAAGACAGUAUUAUUGUAUUGAUAUAAUGAUAAGAAACAUCUAUUGAUUUGAACUUCCA